GCUUUGCAUAAAUCCACCCCUGUUUGAAAUCUAUCAAGUCUUGUUAAGCCCAACACAACAUCAUGUAGCACUUAUAGGAAUAAAAGGACUUAUGAUAUUAGAAUUACCUAAAAGAUGGGGAAAGAAUUCUGAAUUUGAAGGUGGAAAAUCAACAGUGAAUUGUAGUACCACUCCCGUUGCUGAGAGAUUUUUCACCAGUUCCACCUCUCUGACUCUGAAGCAUGCUGCUUGGUAUCCGAGCGAGAUGCUAGAGCCCCACAUAGUGCUGUUAACGUCAGACAAUGUCAUAAGAAUUUACUCUUUGCGUGAGCCCCAGACACUGACCAAGGUCAUUGAACUUUCAGAAGCAGAAGAGGAAAGUCUAAUACUCAACAAAGGAAGGGCCUACACUGCAUCUCUGGGAGAGACAGCAGUUGCAUUUGACUUUGGGCCAUUGUCAGCAGUCCCGAAGCACAUAUUUGGACAAAAAGGCAAAGAAGAAGUAGCAGCUUACCCUCUGUACAUCUUAUAUGAGAAUGGGGAGACUUUCCUUACAUACAUUAGUCUGUUGCACAGCCCUGGGAGUGUGGGCAAGCUGUUGGGCCCGUUGCCCAUGCAUCCUGCUGCUGAAGAUAACUAUGGCUACGAUGCUUGUGCUGUGCUCUGCUUACCAUGUGACCCUAACAUCCUGGUGAUUGCUACUGAAUCAGGAAUGCUGUAUCACUGUGUUGUGCUGGAGGGGGAAGAAGAAGAUGACCAAACAUCAGAAAAGUCCUGGGAUUCCAGGGCUGACCUCAUUCCAUCUCUGUAUGUGUUUGAGUGUGUUGAGUUGGAGCUUGCCCUGAAACUGGCAUCUGGAGAGGAUGAGCCCUUUGAUUCUGACUUUUCUUGUCCAAUCAAACUUCACAGAGAUCCCAAGUGUCCUUCAAGAUACCACUGCACUCAUGAAGCUGGUGUACACAGUGUGGGGCUAACUUGGAUUCAUAAACUUCACAAGUUUCUUGGGUCAGAUGAAGAAGAUAAGGACAGUUUACAGGAACUGGCUACAGAACAGAAAUGCUUUGUAGAACACAUUCUUUGUACAAAGCCACUGCCGUGCAGGCAGCCAGCUCCGAUUCGAGGAUUCUGGAUUGUCCCUGACAUCCUGGGGCCAACGAUGAUCUGCAUCACCAGUACCUACGAAUGCCUCAUCAGGCCUUUACUGAGCACAGUCCAUCCAGCGUCUCCUCCCCUGCUUUGUACCCGAGAGGAUGUUGAAGUAGCAGAGUCUCCCCUUCGUAUUCUGGCUGAAACUCCGGAUUCCUUUGAAAAGCAUAUUAGAAGCAUUUUGCAACGUAGUGUUGCAAAUCCAGCAUUUUUGAAAUCAUCUGAAAAAGAUAUGGCUCCUCCUCCUGAAGAAUGUCUUCAGCUCAUCAGCAGAGCCACCCAGGUGUUCAGAGAACAGCACAUUCUAAAACAGGACCUGGCAAAGGAGGAGAUUCAGCGGAGGGUCAAGUUGUUAUGUGACCAAAAAAAGAAACAAUUAGAAGAUCUCAAUUAUUGUCGAGAGGAGAGGAAAAGUCUACGGGAAAUGGCUGAGCGCUUAGCCGACAAAUACGAGGAAGCCAAGGAAAAACAGGAAGACAUCAUGAACAGGAUGAAAAAAGUACUUCACAGUUUUCACUCUCAGCUCCCAGUUCUCUCUGACAGUGAGAGAGACAUGAAGAAAGAAUUACAGCUGAUACCUGAUCAACUUAGACAUUUGGGCAAUGCCAUCAAACAGGUUACUAUGAAAAAAGACUAUCAACAACAAAAGAUGGAAAAGGUACUGAGUCCUCAAAAGCCCACCAUUACUCUCAGCGCCUACCAGUGAAAAUGCAUUCAGUCCAUCCUGAAGGAGGAGGGUGAGCACAUAAGAGAAAUGGUGAAGCAAAUUAACGACAUCCGAAAUCAUGUAAACUUCUGAACCACCAAGAACAGACUCACAUCUGAAGUUAACACAUGUGCAGGCUUAAUCUCAUUAUAAAAUGAACAAGUAGCACUAAUUUAUAAAGAAGCAGGUGCCUUGUUAGCGUUAUCAGUCUCAUAAUUUAUAAAGAGGUAUUCUGGAUGAACUUUGGUGUGAUUGUACAUCCCUUUUUAUACUGUUUUAUAAUUAAUUGAAUAAAUGCUUGUAUUAAAAAAAAAAAAA